GCGCAGGAGCUGUAUGGGGAUGCGCUGGCCGGGGGGCAGAGCUCGUUCCUGCUGCAGCAGGAGGGGGCCGGGGGCGAUGUGUUCAGCUGCUCCCUGGGGAAUCUGCCCCCCGGGGAGGAGGCGGUGCUGACCCUGCGCUAUGUCUGCGAGCUGCCGCUGGAGCCUGACGGGGCCGCCCGGUACGUGCUGCCGACCGUGCUGCGCCCCCGCUACACGCCCCGCGGGUGGGACGGGGAGGACGUCACCCAGGGGGUCCCGCGGGUCCCCCAGGGGAAGCUGCCCUACACCCUGAGCCUGAGCGCCACGCUGCAGUUGCCCCACGGCAUCGACCGCGUGCUCUCCAACUGCCCCCUCACCCCCCUGAGCUAUACGGCCGGGAACCGAACCACUGCCCAGGUGUCGCUGGCCCAGGCCCCCCCGUGGGACCGGGACGUGGAGCUGCUGGUCUAUUACGUGGAGCCACACAAACCCAGCGCGGUGCUGGAGGCCGGGCUGCCUGGAGCCAAGCCAGGCUCCCUGAUGGGCGACCCGGCCGUGAUGGUGACCCUGCUGCCCAGCGUGCCCGAGGCGGUGCCGGCCCUGAGCCGGGCCGGGGAGUUCAUCCUCCUGCUGGACCGUUCCGGCAGCAUGGCGCGCCCCAUGGACGGCAGAGACCUCUCCCGCCAGCGCAUCAACAGCGCCAAGGAGACCCUGUUCCUGCUGUUGAAGAGUUUGCCCCUGGGCUGUUAUUUCAACAUCUACGGCUUUGGGUCUGAGUUCGAGUCCUUCUACCCGCAGAGUGUGGAAUAUACCCAGCAGACCAUGGCCGAGUCCCUGCAGCGCAUCCAGCUGCUCCAGGCUAACCUGGGGGGCACCAAAAUCUUGGAGCCACUACGAGCCAUUUACCGCAGCCCCUGCCGGGACGGGCACCCACGCCAGCUGUUCGUGUUUACGGAUGGGGAGGUAGAGAACACCCAGGAUGUCAUCGCAGAGGUGCAGCGUCACCGGGGGACCCACAGGUGCUUCUCCUUUGGCAUCGGGGCCGGGGCCUCCACAGCUCUGAUCAAAGGCAUCGCCCGGGCAGCAGAGGGCAGCGCCGAGUUCAUCACUAGCCAGGACCGCAUGCAGCCCAAGGUGCUGCAGUCUCUGAAGCGGGCCCUGCAGCCGGCGGUGACCGGGAUCUCGCUGAGCUGGGAUCUGCCCCCCGGGAUGCAGGCGGAGCUGCUGCGUCGUGGCCCCGAGGUGAUCUUCGGUGGGCAGCGGUGUCUCGUCUACGCCCAGCUCCGCGGGCAGCCCCAGCCCGCAGACACUCCCAUGGGGGGUGUCACCCUGCAGUACCGCAUCCAGGACCAGACCUACAAGGAGACGCUGCAGUUCCCCCUGCAGCCACAGGAUGGAGACAG